AUGUGGCCACUCCAUACAAAAUCACAGCUAUAUAAGCCCAACUCCAACCUUGAUUUUCUCAUACAUCUACAAGCUACAAAGUUCACUAAUUUUCUCAAGGUGUACAAGAAUAGUACUCCCUUAACAAUGGCCUCUUACAAGUGCUUCAUGGUCACUUUCUUCCUUGCUUUGGCAUUUUCAAACAUUAAUGUAGCUCUAGCUGCUCGUCAUCUUCUACAAUUACCACCUUUGCCUUCAGUUACAAAUUUGCCAAAGCCCACCACAUUGCCACCUUUGCAGCCCACAUUACCAACCUUGCCCACAACCCAACCAUCUCUACCUAAGCCCGUACUGCCUGCACUUCCAAGCCUUCCCACCAUGCCUACCGUCCCAAAGGUUACUUUGCCACCAUUGACAAGCAUGCCUACACUCCCCAUUAAUAUCCCAACCACAAUGCCCUCUAUCCCAUUUCUCUCCCCACCACCUGGGAACUAA